CGUGCGAAAAUAUGGCGGGAAUUGAGAUUUAAUCUGUUAUGUGUGCUUUGCGUUUAUUUCACAUAUGUUGUAAUUUGCAUUGCUUCAGAAACAUAUGCUUGAUUAAUGUUGAUUUGAUUUACUAAUGCUGCGGUCCGUAACAAGUCUACCACUUCCGCGUUCUGUACGAGUAAGACCUCGUAAUCAAGGGUUUCUUUACUAUGAGGAUCUGUGUGGUGAGAAAGGUUAUGACUCUGAAGGGAAGAAACUGAAGAAGCAGUUAUGUGUUGAUGAACAGUUGACAAGUUUAACAUCUAUUCCACCUGCAAAGUCUGCCUUAGAUUUAUGGCAGGCAGAAUGUACAUCUCCACAUAUUGUGACAUUUAGCAAAGCUGUGGAUGAUGUGUUGGAUGGAGGGAUUGUGGUCGGAGAAAUCACUGAGUUGUGUGGGGCACCUGGUUCAGGAAAGACUCAAAUAAGUCUGCUUUUUAUCUGCAGCCUCGAAGUAUGUGUGGAUGUUCAGAUUCCAAGAUCCUUUGGUGGUGUUGCAGGAGAAGCGCUGUUCAUAGACACGGACAGUGGAUUUAUACCAGUCAGACUAAAAGGGGCCUAGAGUUACAGCGAGGUCUAGUAACUGAUUGGUCAGCAGACAUUCCAGAGCCUUAUAACGCAGCUGCAAGCAGCUACGUGCUAGCUAGGUGGAGCCAGAGAGAUGUAUAGUGUGUUGCAACUUAUCGUGUUUUAAAAAUCUGUUAACACACGAACGGUCCGGCAUCUUUAAUGGUCUGGUCGGUCUGAUAUUGUGAUCUGAUCUUGACUUGUGAGUGGAUGCAGGAGGGAGGAGUGGAUUUGAUUCUACGUACGUGGUAUGCACCUACUGUUCAGGAGAAUCCACACCCUCCCAGAUAACAUUAUGGGUCUGAAUAUGUGAGUUCCAUUUAUGUGCUGGCACCAUGAUCUGCAGUUCCCCCGCGAGCAGCUCCAGAUGGAUGCUUGGUGUCAUAGAUUGAAUAUUUGGGUAUUUUGAAGUAACUUCUACUAGUGAAGUGGGUUUCCGAGAUCAUCAUUAUGUCUAGGAUUUGAUUAGCGUAUGUGGUAUACCACGGACUCCACAUUUGUAUAAUUUAUCCAUGAGAAUGUUAUGUUGAAUACAGUCAAAGGCUUUUGAUAAGUCUAAUAGUACACAGUUGCAUUUUAUUUUAUCAUUCAAACUUUCUAUUGUGUUUUCAAUAAUUGUGGCAAUUGCAUCGUUAGUA